GCGACUGUCGACAGACGACUGACACUGGCAGCUAACAGAAGGGUUUUUCUUCUCCGUCGUCAGAGGAGGAAAGCGACCAGCAACACCGGCACCAGGUCGACCAGGUGAAAGGCCGAUGAAGCCAGCAUGGAAGCCGGCGGUGAGCUUGUUUGCCGUGGGAAAUGUGGUCAACCGGGGGGUUAUCAGUAGCACCCGUACCAGUGCUGUAGUUGUACCUUACUAGGUCAUCGGCUAGAGGGUUAGCUUCCUAUCCUAGGCGGCCUUCUGGGUGACAGACACGCCUACAGCGACCAUUUCACGCUGCUAAGGCCUAAACUAGCCGCCUACUAAGUCGCAGCCCCGGCAUGGUAAUUACGCCCACACCAUCCCUGUUCCUCUCGACGCUGCAAUCUCUCCCGCUACUCGCUUCGCAACCACGAUGCUCCUUCUCCCGUCUCACGACCUGGUUUUGCGGAUCCUCGGACUCUCCCGUAUCUCGCAACAUCCGAAAUGAUUGCACCACAAACUGAACCAAGUCUUUCGUGCCAUGCAGUGAGGUACAAGCACUGCACAGUAGUGGUACCAGACCACCCGUCGCCUGUCGUCCUUCCAUUAUUCCAUUACGUGCUUCGAGUUCGGCACACAUCGAUCCCAAAAAGACACAAACAUCGAGAGCAUCAAACCGAGACCCACGACAACUUGACUUGAUGAGCAUGGUGGAUGACGGUCUUCCUCGAUAGGACUAGCACCACCAGCCAGAAAGACGGCGGGUGAUACUAUGAGUGGGGAGGAAAGGCUGGGGAGAUUGCAUGGCGUCGCAGCCACACACGCCAGCGAGCAUCUAAAAUCUGUUACAGGUACAACAACGUACAGAACAUGUGGUAUACUAGUACUACUAGUACUACUGUGGUUGGUACAGCACCUGGUAUCUUGGAGAUUCCCUGUUCACCUGCCUGUGUAUUACGACUACUGGUGAACUGGACUGCUACUGUAUACAACAGGCCUGUUCAACUCUGCUGUGCUGGCGUGGGGAUUCUCCUCCAUCGGCUGCUUCCGUGCCAUAUUCGAUCGUGGUCAAAGAGAUUCACUGGACUCCAGCAGACUGAACUGGAGGCACGAUAGCGACCAGCCAGAACUGCGAUAUUCCUGCCGACGUCUCCAGCAGGUCUCGGAUGUAUUUGAAAGAUGCAGCUACUGAUACUGUACACGGCUGCUCCAGCACCACUGCACCUGGCUGAAGAAGCUAUACAGUCCGAAAAGUAGAAAUGGUAUCGCCACCACACUCCCAUCCUUCCGCAUAUUGUCGAAGGAUUACUGUCAAAUUUACUCUUUCUUGGGAGUUUCCAAUAUUUUACCGCAAGGCUACCAAGAUAAGAAGUCACGACAGGACCAGGGAAAGGCUUCACAAGAGAUACCUGGUAGUGGCUUGUCAUCCAAUAAUUUGCCUCCCAGCCUAUACUUUUGCAUCUAGUUCUUCGGGCCACGCUGGAAGACUUUCAGUACCUUUCGAAAGCCCUUCUUCAACCAGCCUUGCGGCUUCAAGUUGCCGGUUUGUGCAUCGACAGGUUUGUUGGUCUUCGUCUGGGCCAGUGACGACGUGGAAGUCGACGGCGAGGGUAGCGUGAUUGAACCAGCAGGAGCAGCUACCAUGUACUCGGGCCCUGGGAAGAAGUCAACCCACUGGUCGUACCCCCCUCCCAUGAUCGGCGAAUAUGCUGCCGCCUCUGCAAGGGCUCGGCAAAGGCUCACCAGGGCCGAUCCGGACCGAGGGUGCGUCGUAACUGCCAUCCCGGCCAUGGCAGUGUCCGCUGGUUCGAUGCAUACCACCGUUGGCUGCACCGUUACACUUGUUCUUGAGAUUCCGUGCUGUGCAGGAGGAUCAUGUGCUUCGCUGUCUGCUGGCGUAGGCUCUGGCAUAGUUGCAGUUGUGCAUUUGGCGUCGUUGCUCUGGGUUGGCUUGGACUCGGUUGAGACAACAGGAAAGUCGUCGCUGACGACGACUCCGACGACAUCUUGGUCCUCAUCGACGGCCUCAGAACUGCUGCCCGGCUCCGAUGAGUCUGUUGUGGGCUUUGGCUCGGCAGGAUCGACCGAUGGUGCUGCCGAUGUGGCAGAGGACACGGACGCGGAGCGUGAAGUAUGUGACGGUGCUCCUUCUGACGAUGCUGUGGUCUCCGAAUAGGCGUUGUCUAGCAUUUGGGUCUCUGGUAGCACACUCGCAGGCUGAAAAAGUUCUGCUGUCAUCGACGAUGCGGGUGAUACAUCAUCUCCAAGUCCAUUGUCUCGGGGUUCUGCUGCUAGCUGUUCUGGUACCGCCACCGCCUCCUCUGCAGCUGUUGCGGUCAUAGCCUCAAUUGCAGACGUUGAUGGUUCUGGGACCAGAGGAACAUCUGGUGUAGUUGCCUGCGCAGCCGUUGCUGAUUGCUCCUUUGACACGCUGGCUAUGACUUCGACCAGAGCUGUAGGAAUGGGUGCUUCCAACCGCUCUCUCCACGACCCGUAGUUCGAUUGCGCAUCUUGUGGCGCUGUCGACAGCAUCUCCCCGUAA